AUGGAUUGGCUGGUUCGGUAUGGUGUGAUGCUCGAUUGUUGUAGCAGGAGGAUUUUCUUUUCUUCAAAAGGAGAGAAGCCAGACAGUUUGUACUUGACAGCACCACAGUUAAAUAAGGCUCUAGAUGAGGGAGAUUCAGGAUAUAUUAUCCUGGGAGGACUCGUAGGAGACUCCAAAGAACCUACUGCUAAUAUUUUGGUUGUGUGCGAGUUUGAAGAUGUAUUUCCGGAAGAAAUUCCCCAUUUUCCACCUGAGAAGGAGAUUGAAUUCUCAAUCGACUUAGUACCUGGUGUGAGGCCUAUCUCAUUGGCUCCAUACCGGAUGUCACCAGUGGAGCUAACAGAGCUUAAGAAACAGUUAGAAAAAUUGUCCCGCAAGAAUUUUAUCAGACCGAGUAGUUUUCAAGAAGUGAAAAAUAAGUUGACUACUGCACCGGUUCUGAUUCUUCCUGAUCCAGAGAAGAGAUUUGAGAUCUAUUGUGAUGCAUCCAAGUAUGGAUUAGGGUGCGUGUUGAUGCAGGAGCAAAAGGAGCUUAAUACGAUACAAAGGAGAUGGAUGGAAUUCCUGAAUGGUUAUGAGUUUGACCUUCAAUAUCACCCUGGAAAUGCGAAUGUAGUGGCUGAUGCCUUGAGCAGAAAGACCACGGGUGUGGCUAGCAUGAUGAUUGCAGAGUAUGAUUUGAUUGAGUUGUUCAGGGAUUUGCGAAUUUCUUUGACACCAUUUGAGACUUCAUAUUUCAUGACUACGGUCGAAGUCCGAAAUUCGUUAAUGGAAAAAGUUAAAGCGGCCCAAGUGCUUGAUGAAGGGAUCCAAAUGAUGAAAGAGCAAGAUUUUGUGUUCACCGAUGCUUCUCAUGUGAAAUACUACAAAAAUCGGUUAAUUGUCGCAAAGGGGCCAAUGGUAGAAGAAGUGUUAACAGAUGGCCAUAUGGAUAUCUCGGAGUGGAAGUGGAUGAGUAUAUCCAUGGACUUUGUUGUUGGAUUACCGAGAAGCCAUGCUAGAUUUGAUUCCAUAUGGGUUGUGGUUGAUAGGUUGACUAAAUCCGCCCAUUUCAUUCUAGUUAAGACGACUUUCUCCACAGAGCAGCUAGCCAGACUAUAUUUUAGAGAGAUAUUGAAGCCUCAUGGCAUUCCCGAAAGCAUAGUCAGUGAUCGGGAUCCGAAGUUUACUUCACGCUUCUGUGAAGCGUUGCAUGAGAGCACCUACAUGUUGGACGGAGAUUGGAGAAAGACAAUUAUUGGGGUCAGACUUGGUCCAAGAGACUACAGAGAUAGGCUGAAGAAAGCCCAUAGCCGUCAGAAGAGUUACUACGAUGCUAAGCACAGACCCCUCGAGUUCUCUGAAGGGGAUCAUCCUGAUGACAUAGAGGUUAAGAAGGAUUUGAAGUUCGUUGUUGGAUCUUCUAAGGUUCUUGCUCGAGAUGAGAAACAACUUCGAAAUAGAGUUAUUCUCAUUAUCAAGAUUCAAUGGGAAGGAUUAACACCUGAGGAUGCCACACGAGAGUGGGAGGAUGAUAUUCUCCGACGAUAUCUUGACUUUGAUAUCAGAUACAAGUUAGAGUUGAUUAAUGCUAUGGCUAUAGAGGUUAUGUCAGCCAAUUCUUUAGAGCAAAACAAGAACUCUGGCAAAUUGAUGGGUAUAGAGAUGAUAAGGUGGAUACCACCAGAGGAUGGUUGGAUAAAGCUUAAUACAAAUGGAGCAUCUAAAGGGAACCCGGGUAUUGCAUCCUGUGGUGGCCUCUUAAGAGGUCCUGAUGGUAGAUGA